CCCUUAAACCAUUAUGAAGCCUGAGCGAUCAAAGGAAGCAGGAAAUCCCAGAUGGCGAACGAAUACCUGAAAUUAGGUCUUCAAGGAUGAAGUCAUGGGUGAUGUCGUUUAUGUCACCAAGAAUUUUUUGUUUGACACAUUCAUUGAUGUCAUGCAAGGUAUAUUCUGACUGAAAUUUAAUUGUGAUUUACAACAUUUUGUGAAUGGAUUCUGACAUCUGGAAAAUGGCUCCACCUAGCUUUACUUUUGUUAAAAACAGGGAUGAUAACAUUGUUCAUAAAACCUUACAUGUGAGUCAUAGCAACUACCUAAACAAAGAGAAAAUACAGAAAAGACCAAACCAGUUAAAACUAAAUGAAGAUUCAGGAGCUACCCUCUCUUUAAGAGGACAAGACCGAACUAAAGGAAAACCACAUUAUAAAGAAUCAUCUGUGAGCUUCAUUAGUAAAUGUACAGAAAAGAAAUGGAUUACAUGGAAGUCUGAGUCCAUGGAACAUAUACAAACAGUAACAUUGAAUCCUGGUCAAGAUGUAGAAAUUGCACCAAUGCCAGGUUUUGUAAAAGAGUCUAAAGAUGGCAGCCGGACAUGUUUUUCACGAAUAGAUGAGAAAAAUAUGCCCAGACAUAAUUUUAAACUGAGACAUUAUAACCCCACUGAAAUCAAAGUAUCUACUUCAGUCCCUUUCAAAAGAAAUAAAGCACAUGUGAAUAAAUACCCUUUACCAAAUGAAACUAUUUUUAAUAAUACCAAUCCCUGUGAAGAAUCAAAUCGUUAUCUUGGAAUUCCUUUAUACAAUCCAAGUAAAAAUAACAUGAUUCAAAAGAAUAUCUCAUAUCAAGGUGGUACAAUUGAAACACAAGAGAAGAUUAAUCCAGUACAUACAAUGGAUACAGUGGACCAAAAAGUGUAUGAUAAACCAUUCUGUAGCACAGAUCUCCCAACUGGGAGUCAUCCCUAUAAAGAGACAAGCAUAGAUAUUACUCAAAAGACAGGAUUUAAUAAAUGUAUUAAAGUACAAAGAGAAAAAAUAUUCAGCUCAACUCUUUCUCAAGAUAUAAUAACAGUGGAAACCAAAGUCAACAAGCAAAAAGAUUCACCUGAAGAAAACUCUACGUACAGGAGAUUUCUGCUUAUUGACAACCAAGGGAUGCCAUACACAAUGGUAGUAGAGGAACCAGAAUUGAAACAAACAAGUAAGCUAUCCAGUGAAACUAGUGCAGAUGUUAAACAUAGUGUGAAUUCUAGAUCUUUGGCUCCUCGUAAGGUUUAUACUUGCCCAGUGUGCUUCAGAAUAUUUGAAUAUCUGUCUUAUCUCCAGAGGCACAGCAUUGCCCACUCACAACAAAAGCCUCACAUGUGCACGAUCUGUGGAAAAGCUUUUAAAAGGACUUCCCAUCUUACCCGUCAUAAGUAUAUCCACUUUGGUGGAAAACUUUUCCAAUGCCAAGUUUGCCAGCAUAGAUUCCGAGACACAGGGGAACUUACACGUCAUCAGAAGAUUCAUACUUUUGAAAAUCAUCACCAAUCUGAUGUGUGCCAUAGGCAUUUUGGGGAGCAAACCAUGUUGCAACAUCAUAUUGAUUCAAAACAUACUAAAUAAAUUAUUUGUGCCUCUCAUGC